CAUAAGUCAACGAGUACAGCUUUUUGACUCUUACUCGUUACGUAAAUCAUUGGACUUCGCCGUAUGUCGUCGCCAUCGACCACCCAGGCCGGCUUAACGCAGUCGUCGCGCAGUGGGGGUGAGCAUCACCAGAUGGAAUGCCUGUUGCAAACGAAGCCUAUCUGUACUCCAGGACACCCCUUGACCAUGCCAAGACCUGCCAUUCCACUCUCUAGCCGUUUACAGUUCAAUCACUCAGAGGAGGGCCUCCAUGGCAUUUCAGGCGCUCAAAAGGUUAUUCCGCUACUGAACUCCUAUCGCAAUGGGGUCAUCAAGAUGUCCCUGAAUCACAAUUCGCUCGGUGACGAUGGAAUAUGUCAACUAUUUGCCUACCUUUCUUCGUCGGAGGGAUCGAAACAUCGAGCCACUCUGACCGACAUCAGCCUCACAGGCAACGGGAUCGGUUGUAAAGGACUGCAAGCUAUCGCUGAAUACGUCCGCGGAAAUGAUGUCUUAAGAACGUUGUGGUUAACUAAUAACGAUUUCACACCAGAUCCCGCCACGCUUUCUUGCCUCGCCAACGCAUUGAACAAUUCAAGAUUACGCCUACUAUCAUUAACAGGUAAUUCACGACUUGGCGACUCCUUCGUGGAACGUUUUCUCCCUCUCCUCCGAUCACGAUCCCUACAAGAACUACAUAUCAAUACUAUCGGUCUUACACCUCGAAGUGCACCUGUGAUUGCGACUUGGAUAAUAGGGAGUAGAGCUAGAAGCUCUCAGGGUGUGUGCCAUCUUCAAACGCUUAAAUGUAGCGGGAACAGUCUCGGUGCGAGAGGUGUAUCGGAAAUAUUACGAGCGAUUGAAAGGGGGAACUGGGCUCUAACCAAAGUUGAAGUGUACGCCAAUCGGCUGCCAGAUGCUCCUCUCCCUUCAUUCCCCCCUUCAUUACCUCCCUCAUCACCUCCUUCAUCUCCGGACAAGCUUUUGCCGGAUGGAUCACUUGCCGCUUCGGAUACAGACGAAGCUUGGAAAGAUUGUGAUCGCGCACUGCAUAGGAUCACGAUGCGCAACCAAUAUUGGAAACGAAGAGUGGAGAAGGAAGCAUUGAAUUUGCUCAAAUACGCCCGACCUCUGCUCAUGCGCUCCAGGUCGUCCACAUCUUCGGCCUCUUUAGUACUUUCGCACCCAUCUUCUAGCCCUCCCUCAACACUGACCAUGGGGUUCGUCGCGCUCCCAAACGAACUCAAGCUGUGCAUUCUAUCUCAAUUCGCGCCCACGCUGUCGUCGUCACAACGAGUCCACAUCUAUAACUACGCAUCAGAUCCUGCUACCCUUCCGCCAUUAACGCCAACUCUCCGUCGUGACAUUUCUAAACCAUGCCUUGCCGAUCCCUCCUCUCUCGGCGCCUCCGUGGGAGGGCCGAAUUAUAGCUCCGGAUGUCCCGCCGGGAAAUGCAUGGGUCCUAAUAGCUUAGUGUGUCGCAGGGAAGAGGAGCGGGCUAGGUUUUUGGAGGCUGUUGGGUGUACUGCUUACGAACCAGAACUGGAUGAGUCCGUGGACUGAUGAUUGGCUUCACGCACAUGUUUUUCUUCACAUUUAUCCCUUCUUCGUGUACGGAAUCGACGUAAUAUCCUGGCGGUUUGUAACAUUAAUGUACGGAAUU